CCUCCCUGCUGCAGGGGUCUCCGCGCCGCCUCCCCGCGCUCGGGCGCUCGCGGCUAAACCGGGCGGCUCUUAAGACCCACCGGCCGAGCUCCGCGCGCCGUGCAGAGGGCCCACCCAGCGCAUCGCCAGCCGGGGUCCGCUUCUCCUCCGAUUUCCGACGCUUCGGGGGCGUUUCCGUCCCUCCCCAUUGGUUCCCCGGACAGCCAGGGGCCCCUCCCCCUGUGCCCUGGGCCAAUCAGCAGCUGCCCAAGUGGCAGUCGCAGUCUGUGCCCCCUCCAGAUUUCCAUCCAGAUCCCAAGUUGGCACUGCCACCUGUUGCCCGCGGAGUUACCAGGUGCCCAGUCGGGGCAGCUGCAAAGCCGGAAACGGGGGCUGUGCCUUGGCACUUCUCCCGGGGCAAAGGCCCCCCCCCCCCGCCUUGGAAAAGAUCCCCAAAAAUAGGGGCUGAGGUGGGGCUGCCAAAGAGCAAGAGACCAAAAUUGGGGCUGGCAUUUGGUAAAAAUGGCUUUAAAAUCCCAAACUCCUGUUAAAAUAAUCCUAUUAAAAAAAAAAAACUUAUCCAGAGACGGAAUUGCACUUUAUUGAAAGCAAUUUCUCUCAAUCUCAGAGGCAUUAAGGCUGUGGACUUCAACUCCCAGAAUUCCCCAGGCAGCAAGGGGAAUUCUGGGAGUUGAACUCCACACGUCUUAAAGGCAAUGAGAUUGAGACACUGAAAAAUAGGCGGCUUUUGUAAAGCCAUAUUUUGCCACCAAUUUUCAAACCGUGUUGGCAGCAGGAGGGAAGGCAGGAUUGAGGGGCAUUUCUCUUGGGGGUUUAACAUCUGUUUUUUCCCCUCUUUUUGUUGUUGUUGUUGUUGCUGCAAGUGUUGCUUGCUAAAACAGGAGCUGAAAGCAGGAUGGAGCCUGACUGGAGAUGGGGGGGUCAGAAAAGUCAAGAUGGUGGCCAUGCCCAUGCCAAGUCCUGCCCCUUCUUGAUGUGAAUCAAAGAGGGGUGGGGUCCCCAGGGGGGUUGUGAAUUUUUGGCCCCCCUGUGGAUCUCCCUGGGGGGGCAGGCUGACUCGACACCCGCAGCAGCCGGAGGGCUGCAAAUGAGAGAUUUGGGGGGUGCUCAGCCACGGUUUUUCCCUCCCCAGGAGAGCAAGGCCAUCUUCGUGGACCAGAGGAGAUUUGCUCAUCGGAGCCUUCCUGGCAGCAGAGCCANNGGCCACGCUGGAGCAGCCCUGGGGGGAUACGAGGACCGGCGUCCGCCAGACUGGCUGCCCAGGCCGAAGAAGCUGUUCCACCUCUGGGAGAGGCUCCCUGUCGCCCGGCAGCUGCGGGCGCUUGGCAGACAACGACGAGCCGUCUUCCGGCCAGGCCUGCCUUCUCGCCCUGCCCUGAGUGGCACCAAGAGGUUUGCGGAAACAGGAGGUCGUGCCCAGGCAGGGCAAAGCAGCUUGCCCCCAGCUCUGCGCAACGCCAGGGAGGAGAAGGAGGCUUCGAAGCCAGCUGACCCUGCCCAAAGGACCCUGCCGAACCACCCGGGCAGCUCCAGCCUGCCCUCUGGGCAGCCCCCUGUCACCAAGCAGGGUGCGCAGCCCUCACUGCCCAGCUUGGCCACGGAGGUUGGGGCAGUCCACAGGGCCACGUGCCAGUGCCCAGGCAGCAAACACACUGACGUCCCUGUCCAGGAGGUGGAGGGUCGCCAGGUGGGGCUCCGGGUGCCCACGCCCCGCACGGAGGAAGCAGCCUGGGCCGCCAGCGCCCUCACCUUCUUGCUGGUGGUGCUGACGCUGGCGGUGCUGUACACCCGUCUCCACCAGAAGUGCCGCCGCGGGCCGAGUCUCUACUGGAUGAUGAGCGGCGAGGAGGGGCGCGACACAGUGGCUGCUGUCAUGAAGCGCCGGCACUUCUCGCGCCACAGACGGAAGAAGCGGCUACGGCAACAGCCUCAGCAGCAACGGGUGCUCCUGCCCAGCUCCUCCAGCGACGACAGCUCUGCAUGAAGGCCUCAGCUGGCCUGGCACAUUUGCAGGGGAGGCUGCCCAAAAGCUCACCGCCCGAGGAGGAUCAGGCUCCUGGCCUGAAUGCCAAUUUUUUUCUUACUCAAUAAAAUAUAUUUUCCUACGUACAGCUG